AUGUCUACCAACCUCAAGAUUCGUGCCAGUGACCUUCCAGGUGGUAGAGCGUCCUCGAUGGACUUUCUUAAUUCUUCAUUUUUUCAAAAUGAACGUGGCCAGUGUUUGCCCGCACCAGCAGAAGUUUUCGCAUUAUCUGGCGACGGGCCGAGGGAAUCCCGACCUCCUCCUGUCAUUUUCGAACACUUGAAUCUUCUUGUUAAAUUUGGUCGUUAUGUUAAGAUUGCUGAAGCACAGUGUCUUUGGAUCAUCAAAAAGGAUCUUGGGGGUGAAGUUCCUGUCCCAGAAAUCUAUGGAUGGAGAACUGAUGGGGAUUAUGUGUUUAUAUACAUGGAGUUGAUACGAGGAGUCACAUUGAAACACCAGUGGGAUUCCAUGAAUGACUCUGACAAAACUAGUGUUUGCGAACAGCUAAAGAAGAUAGUAUCAUCGCUGCGGAGCGUGGAGCAAGAUCCUCAGGAUCCUUUCAUCGGCUCUCUCAGUCGGGGUCAUCUUUCAGAUAUCAUACUUGAGAACCAACCUCCUGGCGGCCCAUUUGCAAUUAUUGAACAAUUUAACGACUACUUUUCUUCACUACCCUGGCUUCCUUUUACGCUCCCGGAGAACUUCAAGGACCCUUGGAGAGAGCAUCUACCAGAUGACGGGUCGAUUAAACUAACGCAUGGGGACUUGAGUCGAGGCAAUAUCAUCAUUUCCCCUGCAACGCCGCCUCGUGUGCUUGCAAUCAUCGACUGGGCUCAUUGUGGAUGGUUUCCUGACUAUUGGGAGUACUGCAAGGCAGCUCAUAUGUGUUCGUAUGAAGGAGAGUGGCUGAAUGAAUGGAUCCCGACCUUCCUGACUCCAUGGGUUGAGGUGUACAGGCUUUUUAAUGAAUAUGCAUAUGUGAUGGGAGCUUUCUGA